AUGUCUUCUCCCUCAAGCCCUGCCUGCUCCAGCAGUGGUGCAGAAACUAUGAAAGAGCUUCUAGAUCGCGGUGAAGUCAAGGCUUCUUGGCGCGAUAAGCAGUUUGUUCAUUUCCUGGAUCUCAAGGAAGAGUACGGCCGAGAGUUCCUUAAUCUGGUGAAAGAACACGUUGAGCCUAACAGAUUCGAAUGGACCGAUAUCCUCACCUCUGAGAACGAACGACGCGCCUGCGCCAAGGAUUUUGUUGCGCAGUACGGUCUGAAGUACUGGGGCACUCCGGCGAAUAGAAAGAAAUAUCUCCAGGAAGAGUCCCUUGCGGAUGAGAAGACGCUUUGCACUUAUCCCGCUCAGAGUGAAGAGAUCGUUCGAACGAUUGAGAUUCUGUUGUUAAGGAAGGCGAAGGGCUACUCCAGACUAAGCCAGGAGAAGGCAAAGUCAACACAACUGACUAAAUCACCCUUUGAAGCCGGGAACACGAGCAAGAGAAAAUCUACUCUCAAGGAGACAGACGAAGACACCGACAAGCCCGUGUACAAGACGCGGACCCGCAGUACCCCGAGCGCCAUUCGGCCGUUCAAGACUAUUGUCUGUGAAUCUGAACCCGAGGCUGAAUUCCAGAGCAGUGCGGCAAAGAAGACUAAGAAACAGCGCACUUCUCUAGCUAGAUGCUACACGGGAACCCCAGAGGUCCAGUUGCCACCCUCGAGAGGGAAGGACGGUAUGUCUGCUCCGCAUCAGGGCACGUUUGUACACCGUGCUGCUUCUCAAUAUGCGAAAAAUACCAAGUUUCCUGCUACGGAGGGCAGUCAGAGUGUGAUAGCUGCUGCUCAGUAUGCACAGGAUACCAAACUCCUUGCUACGGAGAACAACCACAUCGGAACGACUGCUUCUCAGUAUUUCAAGGAUACUAAGUUUCUUGUCACGGCGAGCAACCAGGUUGGAAUGGCCCCAGUGUGGCUGCCAUUCACGGAUUUCGAUCAGGCAACGGAGUUCCUGGAGCACAUGGCGAAACAAUGCAACGUGAUGGAGUGGAGCCCCUCAGAGCAAUUGAAGUGGGAAUCGAUGCCGCCUCAGGUCAUCGCAGCGUCGGUCAGGUUUGACUGGUCAGACUUUGAGAUCCGCGUGCGUCGAGAGCGUAAUGAGGAUCUGCUCCUUAUGUUGCAAGAGUUGUCCAAUGCCUGGCAAGCCGAGGAUGAAGGAAAGGAGGGCGCCUCGGGAUCGGUCUACAAGAUCAAAGUGAUGCUUCACAUUGGCAUUUGCUGA